AUGUCCCGUCUUGUCACGUUACGGUACAACCUGGACAAAUGGCAUGAGGCCCAGCUCAACAGAGGAUCAGACCUGUCGGCGCAGAAUCUGCCGUCGAAAAUGAUCACACUCAACUACCGCAAGGAACGACUGUCAACGCCGACGCCAGCAGUUUCGCCAGUUCCAUGGCUCUUCAAAAAACGAGAAGAGAAGGCCAGGCGACCCAAGUACGACGAGAACGAGCCCUUCCUUGUACGCCCCGCGGCCGAGUCAUUGGCCCGUCUUCGAAACUACGAAAGCUUCAUUGAUCCAGAAGAUCCCCUACAAGCCGACAAAAAUUGGUACCACGACCUCACCAACGUCGCGCAGCGGCUCAAGCUUCUACGAGACACAUACAAGGUUCUUCAGGCAGUGAGGAAAAAAAGAGCCAUGGGCGAGAGAGUCGAUUUCCGCACGGCGCACGAGCUCAAGUCGAAAACCGGGCUGCCUGUUCAUCUGGAUGACGAUCGAGAGAAAAAUAGUGAGGAAGAAAAACCACCGCCUCCGCCGCCAGCACGCAGAGGCAGACCACGGAAACGGGGUGGUGGAGUUCGAGGCAGAAAACCAGGCCCACGGCUGCGGGCAGCCAUUCCUGCCCCAGGGCCCACGGCUACCAGAAGUCGCGGCAGGCGGCGCGAAGCAGACAAGGUGGAAGAGAGAAAGAUGGCUUCGGAUCUGGCAUCGACACCGGCACCAAGCGAAGGGUUCAGUCACGACGAGAGUCUGUUGACCACAGUUGGCUUGGCGUCUCUGAGCCAACCGCUAGCGAGCAAUGAGAUCAUGGUGCCUGAACUAAUGCCUCGAUUGGCUGCGAAACAGGCGGGGCAGGACGUGGGUGCGAAUUGGGCUCCUGGCCCUGGCGACUCCCAGACUGACCAGGAUUUGAUGAGUGGAUUAGGCCAGGAAUUGGGCCAGCGCUUGACACAAGAGUUGACCCAGGCGCUGUUCCCAGACCCUGGGAGCCAGGACCAAGUAAGUCAGGACCAAUUCGCCAAUAGCAGCCAAGCGCCAUCGUAUGCUCAAUGGAGCGAGUGGCAAAACAAUCCAGUAAAUCAGGGUAUCCAGUUGGACGAGUACCUCGCACACGGCUACGCAGAGCCGAGCUCGCUUUCAGAACUGACAGUGUCGAUCAUUGAGAAUCUCAAGCGCAGGAACCCUUCUGGCCUGGUGCUCGCCUCGCUAUACAAUAGACCAGGCGGGCUCAAUUUUCUGCCCCAAUGGGCCGCCCAGAACAACUAUCAGGGUGACGAACACCAGCCUCAGCAGGACCCUCCGUCCGAUCUCCAAGGCCCUCAACCGCCCUCAGGGCCCCAAACCCAGUGA